AUCUUGAUCAAUAACCAUACACAGUAGGUAUAGGUCCCCAGCCCUUUACAGGCUCUCUCUCCCAGCUCCACAAAAACGACUAUGAUUUUUUUUCCUGUUCCUAUAAACUGCUCCAUUUUGUGAACAUUAUUAAAAACUUCUCUUUCAUUUCAUUGAUAAUGCGAUUCCUGCUCGUGUAUCAGAUUCCAGCUGGGUGAAAGAGAAUAUACGAGGCCCUACUCUUAGCGUUUUGUCAAUAUCAAUAUUGGAUUGCGAAUAAGCCUACUGUCUUUUUGAGUUGGAAUCUGAUUCAGCCCCAAACUCGUUUGUCCAUUGAUUCAGUAUAUUUAAUGGCGUUAGCAUAAAAUGAUAUUGAGAAUUUUUCAAUCCAAUUUGAAGGGUUUCGGUGCCCUGAAAUCCUCACUGUAUAUGCAAAUGGCUUUACAUCACCCACUGCUGGGAAUAAAAUCAACUUUUCUGGGUAUCAUCAAUAAAAAAAUUCUUUCUGUAAAUCAUAAAACCCACCUUCAAGAAAUAUGGGGCUCUACUACUAACUCAAUGUGUAUAUUCCAUAGAGGCCUGCAUUCUGUAAAUAAUACUACCCACAAUCAUAAAAUAUGGACCUCUAAAAUUUCACGGCCUUGUUUGGAGAAUAAUAAGUCAAUUGAAUCGUUGCUUGGGCAUAAGCAUAGUAGGGUUUCCCUAGUUGGAGAAUCGAUACACACAACAGCAGCCGAUCAUAUUACUGCUUUCGAAAGUUCUAGUAUCAUUGCAUCGGAGGCCAAUGAAGACGAGCUUGCCAUAUCUACAGAUAGAUUCAGUACUGGGACUCCUGUGGGAUAUCAAAGCAAUCGGCUGCAGUCCGGAAAGCUUGUUGUUGCUGUUGACAUUGAUGAAGUUCUUGGCAGUUUUCUCUUAGCUUUGAACACAUUCAUAGCUGAACGCUACUCUCUAAAUUGCACAGUUGCAGAAUACCACAUCUAUAAUUUUGAUAAGGUUUGGAAGUGUUCUCUUUCAGAAGCUAGUACUCGUGUACAUGAGUUCUUUAAAUCUGGCCAUUUCAGAAAGGGGAUCCAACCGAUUCCGGGUGCAUACCAAACACUCAUUCAACUGGCACCAUUGUGUCAUUUCUCAGUUGUAACGUCACGACAAAAUAUAAUCAGGGAGCAUACAAUUGAAUGGAUUGAGAGGCAUUAUCCAGGUUUGUUCAGAGAAAUUCAUUUUGGAAAUCACUUUGCCAUUGAUGGAGUAGCAAGGUCAAAAUCAGAAAUUUGCAAGUCAUUUGGAGCACAAAUUUUAAUAGAUGACAAUCCAAGAUAUGCAUUGGAUUGUGCAGAAAAUGGUAUUGAGGUUCUUCUUUUUGACUAUCAAAAUGGCUACCCAUGGUGCAAAACAGAUGACAUUUCUUUACAUCCCUUGAUAAAAAAAGUUCAUUGUUGGCAAGAAGUUCAGCAACAUUUAGCAGCUCGUGUCUUAUCAUAACUCUUUAACUUGUUUGAUUCAUGAACUGUUGACUCCCCAUCAUGCAAUAGUUCAGGUGAUCCACAGUGUGGAUAGAUUGGUCCUUCUUUAUAAAUUUUAUUAUUACUAACCUUAACUUUUAAUGUGUACUUGUUGCCAGCUUAGGUAGUACCAUA